AUGGGUAACAGCAAGAGUGGCGCUGUGUCCAAGGAGAUCCUGGAGGACCUGAAACUCAACACCAAGUUCUCAGAGACUGAGAUUGCCCAGUGGUACGAAAACUUCAAGAGGCAGUGUCCAACAGGGCGCAUCUCAAAAGAGGAGUUUCAGAGCAUCUACGAAAAGUUCUUCCCAGAAAGUGACGCUCAAACAUACUCCCGGCACGUCUUCCGCUCCUUCGACACAAACGACGAUGGCACACUGGAUUUCAAGGAAUACAUCAUCGCUCUCCACAUGACAUCAACAGGGAAGACCACCAGGAAACUGGAGUGGGCCUUCUCACUGUUCGAUGUGGACAAGAACGGAUACAUCACCAAGUCAGAGGUCAAGGAAAUCUGUACGGCAAUUUUCAAGCUGAUUCCUAAAGAUGAACUGUCUGGUCUGGCUGAUGACGAAAACACAGCUGAAAAGAGGGCAGAUAAACUCUGGAAGUUCUUUGACAAGGGCGAAAAUGAGCGAGUAGCAGAAGGAGAGUUUAUCCAGGGUGUGUUGGACAAUGAAGAUGCUCUUCGUUUGAUUCAGUAUACGCCAUCAAAGUAA